GAGCUGGUGAUUUCGGAGCCGAUCCAGUGGCCCCGCGGACAGCCUCCCAUCGACGAGCCACCCUGUGGAUUCAGAGGGGAGAACUGCAUAUCCUACACGAAGGAGAUAGCCUGUGGAAUUGUUGGAGGUGUGGUGCUAGUUAUCAUCAUCAUUGGACUGGUGUUCUAUAGAAACUGGCAGUACGAACAAGAGCUUGACAGCUUGCUAUGGAAAAUCGACUACAAAGAGAUUCAGAUGCAUGACGAAAACGAGGAAGUCAGACCCGCUGUCGUUACAGAUAGCUUCUCAUCCAGGGUGCUGCUGCGUUCAUCUCAGGUCAGUCUGAGCUCCAACUACGAGAUGGAUUUCCGCUACUCGGCGCUGUAUACCCGUGUGGGCGUCUACAAGGGUCGUAUGGUUGCUGUGAAGGAGAUCAGGAGGAAAACCAUCGACAUCACCCGCAGGAUGAAAAAGGAACUGAAAAAGAUGCGAGAUUUGCGCCACGACAAUCUGAACCCGUUUAUCGGCGCCUGUGUGGAUCCGCCUCAUCUGUGUACGGUUUCCGACUACUGCAAUCGUGGCAGCCUGAGGGAUAUACUGGAGAACGCCAACGUCAAGUUGGACAACAUGUUCAUUGCCUCAAUGGUCUUCGACAUCAUACGGGGAAUGAUGUUUCUGCACGACUCGCCGCUGCGUUUCCAUGGCAACCUGAAAACAACGAACUGCCUGGUCGACAGCCGCUGGGUAGUCAAGGUUGCUGAUUUCGGACUGGCAGAAAUAAUUAACAGAAGUGACCAGCACCUCGAAACGGAAAAAGACGUGCGGCAAAAGUGCGAAGACCUGCUGUUCAAGGCACCUGAGCAGCUGCGCUGUAGCGGCGCCGAGGCCGGAUCGCAGAAGGCCGACGUGUACAGCUUCGCUAUGGUGCUGUAUGAAAUCCACAGUAGGAGUCCGCCGUUCAGCGGUAUGGGUCUCGGCCCCCUGGAGCUGCUGCAGUCGGUCAUCAAACGCAGCAGCAACAACAACCCCGUCUUCAGGCCGCCUAUUCACAUGUUGGACACCUGUUUCGACUGCGUAAGGGUGGUACUGGCCGAAUGUUGGGCCGAGGACCCCGAUAGCAGGCCAGACUUCAAAGCCGUCAGAAACAAACUCCGGCCCAUGAGGAAGGGAAUGAAACCGCACAUCUUCGACAACAUGCUGACGAUGAUGGAAAAGUACACCAACAACCUGGAGGUGCUGGUGGACGAGCGCACCAAUCUGCUCAUCGUCGAGAAAAAGAAAACGGAGGCGCUGCUGCACGAGAUGCUGCCGCGCUACGUGGCCGACCAGCUGAAGCGAGGAAAGAGUGUUCAGGCGGAGAGCUUCGACAGCGUCACCAUCUACUUCAGCGACAUCGUCGGCUUCACGGCCAUGUCGGCAGAGAGUACCCCGCUUCAGGUGGUUGAUUUUCUGAACGAUCUCUACACGUGUUUCGACUCCAUCAUCGAUAACUAUGACGUCUACAAAGUGGAAACCAUCGGAGACGCCUACAUGGUGGUGAGCGGCCUGCCGGUGCGGAACGGCCUCCAGCACGCCGGCGAGGUCGCCUCCAUGUCCCUCCAUCUCCUGGAGGCCAUCCGGAGCUUCACCAUCCGACAUCGGCCGCAGGACACGCUGAUGUUGAGGAUCGGAAUCCACACCGGUCCAGUAUGUGCCGGAGUAGUGGGUAGGAAGAUGCCCCGCUACUGUCUGUAUGGAGAUACAGUCAACACCGCCUCCAGGAUGGAAUCCACCGGCAGUCCUCUGCGGAUCCACUGUAGCGCCUCCUGUCGAGGUGUUCUGAUGCGACUCGGAGGGUACAAUCUGGAGGAGCGGGGACCCACCUACCUGAAAGGCAAGGGAGACGUAGUCACCUACUGGCUGGUCGGUGAGGAUGAGAAGAGACAGGCCAGGAGGAGACAAAACAUCACCAAAAUGAAGCAACAACAGCAGCUACGCGGAGCGCUGCGCUCGCGUUCUCCCGGAAUGGAGCGCACAUACAGCUUGGAGUCCCCCCGUCGCCUCCGGUUCGCCUCCGACCGCCGCCGGGAGCUGGGACAACUCAAAAAGUCCAACCUGGCCUCCGACUGCCUCUGCGACGCCCAGCGCCGCUCCUGUCCCUGCAUCCACGAGCUGGACGACGAAUCAGCGUCGCCGGCGGGUGACCUUGACAUGGGGCGGAGCGCUGAUUGGCUAACAGUGACGGUCACUGACCACGCCACGCGCUCUGAUUCGGCGCUGCAUAGCGUGCACCCCAGGCCGAGGUUUGAGCUCGAUACGGGUGGAUCGGAUAUAACUGAGAGUGAGCCACUGCUGGCGAGCGCCCCGGGCAAUAGCGAGACGAGGAUCUGAGAUGGUGGAGACGCGGGUUCGAUCCCCGACAGGGUACAAGUUUUCUCGGGGCCAGAACGCAAGUUGAGGAUGUGUUAGAUGUCUGGAAUAUGGAAGGUUUGAAAUGUUAGGAACUGAGUAUUUGGAAUGACUUUCUAGAAGGACAGAAACUACGAUAACGUCUUCUGUCUUCGAGAAAAGGAAAUACGUGGCUGUAUUACCCCACAUAUCGUCUCAUUGUCGAAACCAAUGAGAGUUGUGGGAUUCGAAUUAAAUCUCACUUGUGUGUGUUUCUGAGUGAAACGCGAAAAAUCAGUAUGAGAUGUGAUGUGUAGUUUGCCCAUCAGUCAUUUACAACAGGGCAGAAAAACGCAGCCGUUUUAUUUACUUAACACUGUAAAUACAUAUGCGUACGAUGUUAGACACUGUUUGUAAGCCGUACGCGAUGUAUGCGGUCAUUUAAACCCAUUGUCAGGGUUCAACCGAUGUUUGUGAGAUGUUUGCGGCCUCGAUAAGCCGCAUGUGAUGUUUGCCUGAACGUGUCACUGUCAUUGACAAUCCUUGUUUGUCUUGAAACGAAUAUCGAAGUGACGUUGAACCAGCUAAAGUCUCAGAAACCACCCAACCACCGACUGUCCGGAUCCGACCGAAUUAUGAGGCAGGCUAUCGCUGUUUUGCUGUCUUUUCUUUCCGACGAGACGGGAUUUUCAGCGCGUCCAGAUUACUGGAGCUCGCUGAGAAUUAUGUGAGGAACGUUGUUGAAAAUCGGAGUUGUACUGCCCGGACUAUUUAAGCCCCGGGCUGGCUACCGGUCACUGGUCAGUGGCCAAUGGUCACUGGUCAUUGGUCACAGUAUAUGUACUGUGUUGACGUGAAAAUAUGUGUUGCGUUGACUGUCGCGAUUGUAUUGUAGAACAUAUUUUAACAUGUGAAAUAAAUUGACAUUAUUUU